GCUCAGCCUGCUACGUACCUGCCUCGUUCACGUGCACGUCAUUUACGUAACCCCAGACUGAUAACCGCAAGUUCGAUGGUGAUAAGGUUUCGCUCUUGGUCGAACGUUGAAGUCUCCGCAGUUUCGCGCCUUAACCGGCAUCCAUAUCUCCUCGAAUUUACACUGCAACUUCGCUAAAUGACCGUACGCGACAGUAUAAGUGAUCAUCCCAUAAAUAAUUCCCUUUGACAGUGCGAAAUCUUGUAUUUCCCAAGACGCUGGACCUUUAAAACCUCGACCUGUGCAUAAAAGUGAACCACUAUUACAUGAGCUGAAAUAUCAUCUUGGAGGCGUGGUGUUGUUGAACCUGUGAACUUGUUAACGGAUCAUAUCCAGAUAAACAGACUCUUGUAGUGUGUCUUACCGAGACUCGUUCAGGUCUUGACAUAAGUGCUUCAAUUAGAAGGUGUUUCGUUCCUUGUCGAGAGUACAAAAAGGAUUAUUGACUGAUGUGGUUUGAAACUGUCGCAAUCGAUUUCUGUGCCUUGUAUUGUGCCGGAGAGAUUUCGGUCCAGAUGAGAUUCCAAGAGUGCCCAAAGUAGCUCUUCUGUGAAAUCAGAUAAAGGUCCCCCAUUUGGAACUCCCAUGAGUUUGGUGGAAACGGGCCUUCCUUGGCUCAGAUACCUCCCGCCUCUACCGAUCACCCUACCCCUGACAAUGAGAGAAAAAGAUUCAUCGCCGCGCAAGAUGCUGGUUGCCUCCGGAGGCCACAGCUCCCCAAAGCAAGCAGCCACCUACCCUCUAUCCGUCAGAGUUCCUCCAGGCGACGAUAUGCCCUUCGACCUCUCCAGAAACACCAGAUCUCCAGGACCUCACAUGUCCCCUGCCGGCAGACCGCCACCAGGUCCGCAAGAGAACGAAGAACAACCCCUGGACCUCCGGAUGGACCACAAGAAAUCCCUGCUGAUGUCCAGGAGGCAGGUGGAGGACGAGAACAGAAAUCUGAUAUCGCCCACACCUAGCGAGAACAGCAUGAAAGAUGAAAUCGUUGUGGAAGACAGGAAGAGUCCAGUUCCCAACAAUUUACCCAAACAGUUCUCCCCACAGAUGUCUGGGUAUCCAGCGAUGCUGUUUCCUCCCCAGCCCAUUCAUCCCAUGAUGUUGGAGGCUAUUUAUCGGGUACAGGGUGGUGAGAAACUACCCCGCCUAUCACUGCCGUAUUCUAAUUCGUCCCCAGGGUACCCACAGAGGUUUCCAUUUCUAAGUCCAAACAUGUUGAGUCCUCCUGUGAACCAAGUUCCUUUCGAUCUGAUGAGAAACGCCCCGCAACCACAAACUCCUAAAGUGUUCGAUACCAAUGGUGGUAAGCUCAAAGACAGAUACGCUUGUAAGUUCUGCGGUAAGGUGUUUCCAAGAUCGGCCAAUCUCACUAGACAUUUAAGAACCCACACUGGAGAACAGCCUUAUAAAUGUAGAUAUUGUGAGAGGUCAUUCAGCAUAUCCAGCAAUCUCCAAAGACAUGUUAGGAAUAUCCACAAUAAAGAAAAACCUUUCAAAUGUCCCCUGUGCGAGAGAUGCUUCGGACAACAGACGAACUUAGAUAGACACCUGAAGAAACACGAAGCUGAUGGUCCAACCAUCCUAGACGAACGUAAUAUGCAGAGGAGGCAGUUGAAUAGGAACCUAAGCGAGGAAUCUUGCUUCGAAGAGAUAAGAUCCUUCAUGGGAAAAGUGACGGAUGGUAGGUUGCUCCAACAUUUUCAACCAAACACCAAGUUGCCCAAUUUCCCACUCAACCAAUCACCAAAAGUCUUCAAUGUUGCUGCCAAUGGGUUUGAAGAAAACGCAACAUCGCCCGAUGAGACCAAAAGAGAUUCAUCGUAUUUCUCCGAUAAGGACAACUUCUCCUCCAGCUCUUCCACGGGAUCAGAGUCUCCUUGUGCGAAAGAGGAGGAACAGACUGUGAAAAGUGACGAUCGGAGUAGUGAAGAAAAGGAUGAGAACUGCAAUGAUAAGAACAACAAUACAUGAUGCAAGUGAUCUGAAUUGUGCCGUUUCUAGUGAGUUCCAUCUAAAGCUCAGUCGGUGGAUUUUAUAAUAUUUAUUUUUCUUCAUAUUGAAAGAUAGAUACUGAUGAUGAGCAUUGACAUUUAAAUGUUGUUCAAGACAUAGUCCUUCCUUUUAACCCAGAUUACAGUGAGUUAUGCU